CGGUUACACCGGAAGUGUAUACACGCAGAAAUAUUUGUGUUUUCCUUGUGGGCAGGGACCUCACUGUGGAUUUUAACACUGGGCGAAGUUGUGGGAUUUAGGCGGCUUUUUUUCUUCUUCUUCCACCACGCCCUCGGGUUUGUUUGUUACUCUGCGGAUUAUUUUUUUUGCCAAAUCCCGUCGUGUGGAUUUACGAUUGGUUGCUUUUUUUUUUUUUUUUUUUACUCGUUUAUCCUCUUUUCGCUUGAAUUUUAACAUGUCGCCGCUCUCUCCUGUCGACUGAGGACAUUGAUUUUUGUGGCCUGGGUGCUGGGUUACGUCGUCUUUCUGCACUCCUUCAGGAUGAUAUGGACGGCUAAGUACGCGCGAGGUCCACUGACACGCUCACUUUUAGUGAACAUGGUGAGCGAAGGGGAAGGAACAGCGAUGGAGACACAGGAGUGGUACAAAUGCUCCCCUGAUCUGCUUGGGGAGUCUCUGCGACCUCUGUUUGUUCAGAGUCAUCUGGAUUCAGGCACCAAGGCUUUCCUCAAGCAAAGCAUUGAGAAGUCUAACUGGUUGUUCACACAACUCUAUCACUCUUUUGUAUCAAAUGUCCUUACCCCUCUGGUGUCACGCACCUCCAUCAAUGGGUUUCUGGGUCGUGGAUCCAUGUUUGUGUUUUCCGUGGAGCAAUUCCAGAAACUUCUCAAGGUCGGACCAGACUGGAAGGCAGAGACACUUCUGGACCUUGGAGCCGGUGACGGUGCUGUCACAGAAAUUAUGAGGGGCCAUUUCAAAGAGAUCUAUGCUACUGAGGUCUCGCCACCCAUGAAAUGGCAUCUCCAAAGGAGGAAUUUCAAAUUGAUGGGGAUCGACGAGUGGCAGCAGAGUGGCCUCCAGUAUGAUGUGAUCAGUUGUCUCAAUCUGCUGGACCGCUGCGAGGAUCCCCUACAUCUCCUACGGGACAUCCAGCGAUCGCUCGUUCCCCACACGGGACGGCUCAUUCUGGCUGCUGUUCUUCCCUUCCAACCCUACGUAGAAGUUGGUGGAAGAUGGCUGCGUCCCCAAGAACACCUAAAAGUACAAGGGAAGACGUGGGAGGAGCAAGUAACUAAUCUGUCACAUGACGUCUUCCGAAAAUCGGGAUUUGAGGUAGAGACUGUGACCCGCUUGCCAUAUCUCUGUGAAGGGGACAUGUACAAUGAUUACUACGUUCUCGAUGAUGCAGUUUUUGUUCUUAAGGCCUCAAAUGUGACUGAAGAGUCCAGUCAAUGAAGAAUGAACUCUGAAAGUGUGUGUUGGAAGCCAAGGACUGAAUGGAUUUUUUUUCUUAGCAAAAAAAACAAAAACAAAAAAAAAAAGGUGGGAAGCUCAGGUUUUAUGUUUACCAAACAUUCUGUGUGACAGUGAUACCUCAUCAUUUUAAAAAAAAAUUCCACUAUUCCCUUACCCCAAAGAGGAUGUACUGUAUAGGGAUGGUAAGAGCUACAUAUCGCUAUACUGCAUUAAAUAUUUUUGCGUGCAAAGUAUUAAGUCAGUAGGUUCUCUUUCCACGUCAAUGUAAAAAAAUCAUAUCUAAAUUAUUUAUGUACCUGAUUAAAAUGACUGAUUCAUUGAUUUUAUACCGUAUUUACAUGCUAGUGACAGAUUAAGGUUCCCUAAAACGAGACCAUAAAAACUUUUUUUUUUUUUAACAAAAAACAGUUAAAGAAUGCAUCAAUAUUUACUGUAAAUCUGUUGCUAUGUAGUAAAAAAUAACUGAAUAUGUAUAGGUGUAAAGAUAAAACCAAGUUGGAAUUAAACUUCAUUCCAUUAUUGAUUGCUUCUUUCCCUUUAUAAUCUAAAAUGAAUCCACAAAAUACCAUUUAUUUGAUCAGCUUUUAAAAAUUGUGAUAUUGUACCCGUUUAUCAUUUGUUUUUGCUGUUUAUAAAGUUGGUGUGUGCCUACCACAUGAACACAAGCAAGAUUAAGAAGUUCCCAUCUUUUGUAUUUGUUAUAUAUACACAGUAUAAAGUAUCUCACAAAAGUGAGUACACCCCACACAUUUUUGUAAAUACUUUAUCUUUUACGAGAACAACACUUAAGAAAUAACACUUUACUACAAUGUCGUCAGUGAAUAGAUGCACAACCUGUAUAACGGUGUAGAUUUACUGUUCCUUCCAAAAAAAUUAACACAACAAGCUGAGUUUUUGCCAAAAAGUUAUAUUUUUUUUAUUCAUCUGACCAUAUGACAUUCUCCCAAUCCUCCUCUGGAUCAUCCAAAUGAUCUCUAGCAAACUUCAGACGGGCCUGGACAUGUACUGGCUUAAGCAGGGGGGACAUGUCUGGCACUGCAGGAUUUGAGUCUCUGGUGGCGUACUGAUGGUAGCCUUUGUUACUUUGGAGCCAGUUCUCUGCAGGUGAUUCACUAGGUCCCCCCGUGCAGUUCUGGGAUUUUUACUCACCGUUCUUGUGAUCGUUUUGACUCCACGGGGUGAGUGAGAUCUUGCGUGGAGCCCCAGAUCGAGGGAGAUUAUCAGUGGUCUUGUAUGUCUUCCAUUUUCGAAUAAUUGUUCCCGCAGUUGAUUUCUUUACAUCAAGCUGCUUACCUAUUGUAGAUUCAGUCUUCCCAGCCUCUUAAAGAAGUUACAGGUCUGUGAGAGCCAGAAAUCCUUUUUGUUUGUCAGUAACCAAAUUCUUAUUUUCCACCAUAAUUUGCUAAUUAUUUAAAAAUCAGACUAUGAAUUAUUAUUAUUUUUGUUUUUGUUUUUUUGUUUUCUUGUCUCUCAUAGCUGAGGUAUACCUAUGAUGACAAUUUCAGGCCUCUCUCAGCUUUUUAAGUGGGAGAACUUGCACAAUUGGGGGCUGACUAAAUACUUUUUUGCCCCACUGUAAACUUUUUUGGAUCAGCUUGUGUCAACUGAGUGAGGAGCACAAAAGACAAGUGUCUCUUGCCUACAGUCAAGCAAGAUGGUCGGAGUGUCAUGGUCUGGGGCUACAUGAGUCCUGCUGGCACCGGGGAGCUACAGUUCAUUGAGACAACCAUCAAUACCAACAUUGUAUGUACUGUGACAUGUUGAAGCAGCAUGAUUUCCCUCCCUUUUUAAAACUGGGCUACUGGGGCAGUAUUUCUAUAACAUUUCUAAGACGACCACUGCCUUGCUAAAGAAGCCGAGAGUGGACUGGUCAAUCAUGUCUCCAGACCUGAACCCUUUUGAGCAGCUGUAGGGCAUCUUCAAACAGAAGGUGGAUGUUGACAGAGUGGUACGAGGCAGCAGUGGUAGUAUCGCAUCCGACUAUUUCCAGGAUAAACUGUGAAUAUAUUGCUAUAAAUGACAUGCAUGUGUUCAGUUAUUUAGGAGCUAACUUAGCGACUUGACUACUUCACAUUGUAGCAGAGUGUUUCUUCAGUUUUGUACCAUGAACAAUACAAUAAAAUAUUUACAGAAAUG